ACUGUCCAAUUGCCAAGCAACCCACAAUUGGCCAAUCAGGAAGCUCUGAGGUGAUGUCAUAGCGAGAGCGAGCAGUGGUGCUGAUGUUGAGAGAAGCCCAGGGUACCACUAAUUGAGGGAGUGAGAGGAGAGCAGCUCUCUUCGAACUGGACUGCAGGGACAGUGGGCUGAGCUGGUGACAUACGCCUUCUGACUUCCGGUUGGAUUCAGCCACCAGAUUCCUGCAAACAUGACCCUCGCAGCCUACAAGGAGAAGAUGAAGGAGCUGCCACUCGUAUCCCUGUUCUGCUCCUGCUUCCUGGCUGAUCCCCUCAAUAAAUCAUCCUACAAAUAUGAAGGCUGGUGUGGGAGACAGUGUAGGAGGAAAGCUCAAAGCCAGAGGAAAGACAGUGCUGACUGGAGAGAAAGAAGAGAACAGGCGGACACCGUGGACCUGAACUGGUGUGUCAUAUCAGACAUGGAGGUCAUCGAGCUGAAUAAGUGCACCUCGGGCCAGUCCUUUGAGGUCAUCCUGAAGCCACCCUCCUUCGAUGGGGUGCCCGAGUUCAAUGCCUCCCUACCCCGGCGGAGAGACCCUUCGCUGGAAGAGAUCCAGAAGAAGCUAGAAGCAGCUGAAGAGCGAAGGAAGUACCAAGAAGCUGAGCUUCUAAAGCACCUAGCAGAGAAACGAGAACAUGAGCGAGAGGUGAUCCAAAAAGCCAUCGAAGAGAACAACAACUUCAUCAAGAUGGCAAAGGAAAAACUGGCCCAGAAGAUGGAAUCCAACAAGGAGAACCGGGAGGCCCACCUUGCAGCCAUGUUGGAGCGGCUACAAGAGAAGGAGCCGCCUGCUGCGCGGUGACUCCCGGGACCCGAUCGGUGGCCUCGUCCCAUGCCUGUGUGACCCUCCCUUGUCCCUCCCUUCCUCUCCAGGACAAGCACGCCGAGGAGGUCCGGAAAAACAAGGAGCUGAAGGAAGAGGCCUCCAGGUAAAGCCCAGAGGCAGAGACGUUUCCAGAAGCCGGACAGCUCCCGCAGUCCUGAGCAGCCUCGCCUCGCCGGUGCCGCUGCUCUCCCAGCUCUGGGGUUCGGGGGGAGGGGGGUGGCCCAGGGGUGUUUCCUCUGCUUUUGGUGUUUGUACCUGUAAAGAAUUGACCAGUGAAGCCAUCCUAUUUGUUUCUGGGGAACAGUGAUGGGGCGGGAGAGGGGAGAAGAGAGAGUUGGGAAAGGCAGACCAGCUGAUGGACAUUACCACACUUCCACCGUGGGCUUGGGCCUGGGCCCCACUUUUCACAGCUCUGCCUGGAAGUCCAGUCUCCAGGUGCCACGUGAAGGGAUGAUGAGAACCAGGCCAGGGGAAUGUCAGGGUCAGGGGCAGAGUCCUAGGAGUGCAGUGGCUGCGGUCUUCAGGAUGAGAGGCCUGGACGUGUUGCUUCUGCCCCGUGGCCAGCAGGAUGAGGUCUGCGUGUGUGUUAACCAUCAUCUUUUGAUCAUCAUGACCAAUGAAACCUUUACUUCAAGUCUCCAGUUCUUUGAUUCCUGAAUUUGUCCUUUUGGGUUAUCGGGUAGACUGUUCUAGAAAUUUGGCUUCUGCCCAUAUCAUGGCAAAUGACCUUUAAUUUUACCACCCAAGCAUCUGAGGUGCUGGGUGAGGUGGGCUAAAUCAUGUCAUAAUUGAAAGAUUUGUGUUUUUUUCUCUCUUCUUUAAAACCUGUCAGUGGGCUGUCCCUGACUAGAUUGAUGAGAAAAGGAACCCAAUCUUGCUUUCUGCAGACUAUUGUUCUAGCAUGUUCCCCAGGAUUCAUUAUAAGCAAGAAGUUGUCUUAAGUCUAUUCAGGCUGCCAUAAUGAAAUACCUUAGUCUGGGCAAUUUGUAAGCACUAGAAAUUUAAUGCUCACAGUUCUGGAGACAGAGUGGCCCGAUACUAAGACAUUGGUAGAUUUAGUGUCUGGUGAGUUGAGGGCUCCUCCCUGUUCAAUAUGGUGGCUUCUUAAACUGUGUCCUGACAUGGUAGAAGGGCAAAAGGGCUGCCUUUCCCUUUUUAUAGGGCACUAGUCCCAUUCAUGAGGGGGGAGACUUGACCUAACACCCCUAAAGGUCUCAUCUCUUAAUACUGUUGUGUGGGGUUAUGCUUUGACAUGUGACUCUUUGGGAGACAUCAGUAUGGUAGGAGCCCUCCUCACGUUGGAUUACAAAAUGUGAGUGGGGAAAUGAAGUGCUUGCUAAGGAAAGCAGCAAGGGCCAUUCCAACCCAGCAGUCCUGUUCUCCAGGACACCUCCUUCACCCCUCACUGGAAACAAAUGGGGGUGCAGCCUGCAUGGACCGGGUCCCAGGGCAUCCCAUACCUGCCCUGCACACUGUGUAGUUUUGUACAGACUUGCAAAUAAACUCUUUGGUAUCGCCUUGUUUCUUCCACUGGUGGAACUGCGAUUUUGCUUUAAGUUAGGAUGAUGAUGAUGACGGUUAACACUUAGGCUGCACUUAGAGAUCUGGCAGUUUUUCUGGACUUGUUCAUAUGUAUUAUCUCACUUAAUUCUCACACCAGUCAUAAGAGGAAGUUACUCUUUUUAAUCUAUCAAUCAUAUAGACGAAGAAAUGGAGGUACAGAAAGUGUAACUUGCUGGAGUCCACACAGAUAGUAAGGGGAGAGAACAGGCACUUGCAUUUGGCAAUUUGCUUCCAGAGUCUGUAUUUUUAGCCCUGCACUGUGCUGCUUUUCAACACUUCCAAACUAGGCUGUGAGUCCUAGAUUGGUGUUUCUCAAACUGUGAGUUGUGACCCACUGAAUUGUGAGACUAGCUUAAUGGAUCCAAUGUAACUUUCCUCUCUCCCUCCCUCCCUCCCUCCCUCCCUCCCUCCUUCUCUCCUAAUUCCCUUCCUCCUCUCCUUCUUUCUUGCCUUUCCUUCCUUCCUUCCUUCCUUCUCUCCUUGAUUUGAAAUAGAAGAGAAAACAAAAUCAACCAAAAUGUCGAAAUGCAUUCUGGGUAAUCACGGAGGUAUCACUGCACGUGUGCAUCUUGUGUUUCUAUUCUUGAUAUCACGAAUAUGUUUCUAGGUCACACCCUAAACCAUAUUUCUUAUUGGGGAUGGCAAUCAAAACCCUUUGAAAGUCACAGCUUUAAAAUGAGCCCAGAGUCAGAACCAGGAUACCCAACUUGCAGCCUGGAAGCUCUGGGAAGCUGCUGGGGUUGAGAAAGUGAAACGCUAUGGCUGUGCCCUCAGGACCAGGCUCCUUUGGCAAAGACAGAAAAAUGACCGGGAGGGUCUGUUUUCCCAAAUCCAUUCCACAGCAUCUUCCUCCUCCCACUGAAACACUGGAGGCUAAAGCUCCUCCCCCUCCCAGGCACCAGCUGUCACUCUCUGGUUUACACUUCCAUUCUCUGCAUGCACCAUUCCCUUGUUUGGGUUGCUCUUGUCUUCUCAAUCCCAACCCAUUCUCUUAAACUCAGUCCAGAUAUUAAGUUCUCUGACGUUGCCAGUGUUUCUAUAUUUUUAUGUGCUCUGACUUCUGUAUAAGUAUUUAUUUACCUAUGCUUCCCUGCUAUUAAAUUUGAUGCCUCUUGAAAACAGAAA